AUGGGGCUUCCGGAGCGCAUGCGCGGAGAAAUCCCGGGAGAAGAUGGCAAGAAAUUCGUCCCUUUCCACAGCUCUCUGGCGGAGCAGAUGAACGCGGCAGACCCCAGUCGUCUUGAGGACGCCGCUGGAGACGGCGACUUGAGUCGGCACGCACUGGCUGUCCACAUCGAGCACGGCGACGACCGGGCCGAGCCUGCGUCGCAGCCGCCCGCUCUCGAGCCAUGGAGAAGCGCUGAAAUGAGAGCGAAAAGCGCCCCCGAAAGGGACCGAAACUGGACCUCGCUAGUGUCGCUGAAACGGUCUGGGCCACAGCGCUGGAAAAGCUGGAAACGCGAGGGCGAAGACUCCGACAUCGACGACGUCUCGGGCUCCUGCACGCCCUCAGAUGGCCCGGCGCCAGCGGUCGCCACCAAGUCCAGUCGCAAAUUCUUUUUCACGAGAAAGUCCCUCGUCGGCCGCGUGAAACGGCGAAAAAGCGGCGGGCGACGAGCUGCGCGAUGGGUCCGCCAAACUUCGUCCCGCGCGCGGUCCUUCGUCGCGGAGAAGGCCGUCGCCACUUUCGGCGUCGAACUCGACCUGUACACUGGUCGACAGGAAAAGGCCAAGGAGCUCAGGAGAACUUCGAAAACGUCCUUGGCGUUUUCCUCAAUGAGCGGCGCUCGCGGAGUCACCAGCGUCGGAUCGAGCUCCCAUCCGUUCAGUCUCAUUCCCCUGAAGUUUCGGGAUGAGCAGUUGGAAAGCGAAUACGUCACGACGCUGAAUGCGCUCUGCGCCUCGCGCAUCUACACCUGCUUCGGCGUCUUCAUGCUCGUCUUGGUGGUCCUCUGGCCCUCGAUGGCGACCUCGUUUUCCUUGUCUCUUCACCAGGCCGCAGGCAUCGGCUGUCGUCUCUUCCAUUUACUCUGGAUCGCGAAACUCAUCAGUUGGGCCUUCCUCCUCAUCGUUGUCGCGCUUCGCAACCGAGUUGAAUGGUUCAAAACAAACAUCAUUCCCUUUGCGACAAUGCAAAUCACUUGGGGCUUCGUCCUCGUGAUUGCCUUCUGUUGCGCGUAUGUGGCCAAUUUCAUCUACCUCCACAAUGACAAAAUCAACCAAAUCAAUCACGUGUAUGAGAAGUUCCUCGUGCGCGGGCCCCGCAAUCGACGGAUGUUGGUAGCGUCGGGGAAGCUCCUUGGUGCAGGCGGCCCCGUCGACUUGGGUCUUUUCACGCUCGCGGAAGACUUCGUCGCCUCGCUCUCCCUGCUCAUGCUCCUCGCCAUGGUAGAAAGUCUCGUCGCUGUCGUUUGUCUCGGCUCUCUCAUCCCCACCCGGACUCGGUACACUUGGCCCCUCUACUUGAUCGCGCCCUUCCUCUGUCCCAUUCCCUGCGUGAUUUGCAACGCCGUUGCCCCAUCCUUCAUUCUCGGCUCCACGACGUACGGAUGUCGCCACAGAGGCAUGGCAGAAGUCUGGCCAAAGACAGCAAGAAAAGAAUGGGUCGUCUACUACUUUGUCUCCAUCACUGUAUGGCUCACGGGCUUCAUCGUCCGCUACUCCUCCGAAUGCUCGCAGCGCGUGGCGUUUUAUUCCCGAGUGGCGCCGAGGAAAGAAAUCGAGAACCUGAAAAACAGUUUGCGGCGGUCUCAAAGACAAGGCGGUUGCACGGCUGUCGAGGAGUUGCAGCACACGGCCAAGUGCAUGGAAGCGGUCGUCAAGCAGCUCGAAGGGACAUGCAUGACGGGAGGCCGAGAUUUUGCCGCUCCAAGUGACGCAGAAGGCAGAGCCAGCGUCCAAGAGCUGUCCCUUCUCCUGACCAAACUGCAGGAAGUCUUGCAAGGCACAGACGAUCUGUACUCGGUCCGGCAUACACCCUUCAUGCUCGAGUCGGCGACAGGCCAAGAGCUCCUUGAGUUGUACGGGACGAAUUUGAGCCGUCAGCCGACGCUGACAUGGACUAUCGGCUGCGCAUCGGUGGAUUCGAGUUCUCAGCCGGUUCCGUUUUCCUCUUUGACUUCUUUGGAAGGGCCGUCCUCUCGCUUUUAUCAGUCGAAGAAUGUCAAGCGUUUCGUGCCUUCGCUUCCUUCGGCCUUUGGCGUCCUCCCGGGCUUGGCCUCGAUUCACGAGCCGCCGCUGCGGCAGAACACAGAUCCUGUGCAUCAUCCGAGCUCUUCACUCCUGUCUCCGACGCUUCGGCUGCAGUACCACAGACACACGAGCGACCGGGUGGGGAAACGAGCCUGCGAGCGGCAGCUGCAGGGACUGCGCGGGUGUGUAGGGCUGCGCGGUCCUGCGUCUUCGAGCUCUCUGCGGUGCGGCCACGCCCCGUCAAUUGCAGAGGCGUCGCGAGAAGAGGAGGCGGGCGUCGAGGAGUUGAAGAGAAGAGACGAGACAGGUGCGAAGCACGGGGCGAGUUCCACAGAACAACCUGCGGGAAGGCUCACGCGAACCGAGGCCACGGGAAAGCACGUGGUCGCCUCUCUUGCUGUGGUUGUCUCUGCGGGGCCAGACAAAGUCAGCGUCUCCGCCCCAGACCGCCGAGCCGGGGAGCCUCCGCGAGAAGCGGUGCAUGUGGAGCCCGCGUUGUCGGAGAGAUUCCAGAGAGUAGGCAAAGAAGGCGCCCGAGAUGCCUCGCUCCGCGACUGCUUUAGGGGCGACGGGGCAGUGCCACACAGAGGCGGCGCGAACGAGGGCCGCGCGUGCUGUGCAUGCGUGUGCCACGCGAAAGCCGACGGCGAGGCGCCGAGACCGUGCGUUUCUCAUCACGCGGCUGGGGUCGGGCUGGGAGAAGCAGCGACGCAUCGACCAGGAGAAGGCCAAGGUGCGGUGUCUCCAGAUUGCUUCUCUGUGCUUUCUCGUGUGUCCCGCGACUCGGACCCCGAGGAGCCGUCGCUUUCCGUCAGCGAUGCGGAACCGGACCUAGGAGAGAAGCGGAGAACGAAGGGACAGCCUUCACCCGUGUCUGGCGUGUCAGGGAGACGACGAAAAAUCGAGUCUUCGCCUCUCGGUCUCAAGUGUUUCCGCAGGAGCCGACAGCGCUCGGCCCAUCUCGCGCCUUCGUCUGCUUCCUGUUCGCCCUCUUCUGUCGCGGCGCGGCAGUGCACCGUCCGCGACGCGGCUUCCGGCCAGCUGUUCGUGCCGAGUCCCAUGGACACGCGAGUCAGCGACUCUGCGGAGUUUGACUCCCGCUCUUUUGUGGCGUCGCCCGUGGGCAGCGACGCUCCGCCCUUCCAGAGUGCAGCGAAUUCUUCCCACUGGUACGCUCCGGGGCGAGCCUCGCGGUGGGGGCUCAAGAGGAGCGUGAAAUCCCACGGGAAAACGAAAUUCUUCGCCCGCCUGCGAGGAAAAGGCAGCAAGGAGCUCGGAGCGAGCAAGCGCCGCGGGUCAGAGGCUAGAGCGCUCAAGGCAUGCAGUCUGCGCCCGGGAGAGUCUGAGACGCCGGCUCGCUCCAGAGGCUCGCCGUCGGCUGUUAGCUCUGGACUCGGGUGCCUGGGGAAACGCGAAGGCGACGCAGGUGAGGGACACCAGGGCGAAAGGACACUGGACGGUCGAGCCUGCGAUGACGUACAGCGACGCGGGUCGGCGAGCAACUCGUCGCUCGGCGAACACGCCGUGGAGCCGCAAGAUCUCCAGCUCGGGGCAGACCCCGCCUUCGAGGAACCGGACCUUCUGGGCCUGAAGCGCGACCCACUCACGGACGCCUGCAUCGGCGGUUCACCCUUCUCCAGGAGCGCUUUCCUCCCGAGCUCAGACGCGCACACGGCGAUAGGCCAGGUCUGGGACUUCGACAUGCUCAGCUUCGCCGCGAUGACGCCCAACCCCCUCGUCGAAGUCGGCCUCGUUCUCUUUCUCCCAGAAAUCGACGCUCUGCACUGCUGCACGGAUCAAGAGGCCAUCGUCCUCCUCCAGAAUCUGCAAGCGCGGUAUUUGAACAAUCCGUAUCACAACCAAGUGCAUGCAGCGGAAGUUACACACGCUGCGGCCUGCCUGAUUCGGUGCCUCAUUCCGCAACGCUCCGCCUUCGCGAACCUCUGCACGCUGAUCGCCGCUGCUGCACAUGAUUUGGGACAUCCGGCGCGGACGAAUUUGUUCCUUCAAAAUCUUCUUCAUCCCCUUUCGAUCAUGUACAACGAUGUAUCGAUUCUCGAAAACUUCCACAGUGCUCUCCUCUUCAGAAUCUUCAGCGACAUUCCUUGCUCGAACGUCUUCGCGAAACUCCCUCAAGAGAUGUUCCGUGUCGCGCGCCAAAACAUCAUCACCCUCAUUCUCGCCACGGACAUCAAGCAGCACUUUGAGACGAUUUCGCGCUUUCGACUGCGACGAAAUAGCCCCGAAUUCAACUUCUUGAAGAAGGAGGAAGACGACUGGCUCGUCAGGAAAAUGAUCUUCAAAAUGGCGGACAUCAGCCACUCGUCGGUCGCCUGGGACACGCACUUCUUCUGGAGCUGCAAGGUCACCGCGGAAUUCUACGCACAGGGAGACGCCGAAGUUCGUCUCGGGCUUCCAGUGUCACCACUAUGCGACAGAGAGAAACACUGCGAGAUGGGAAAGGGACAAGUUGCUUUCCUCAACUUCGUUGUCGAGCCUCUACUCCGAGAGCUGGAAGCUAUCGAAGCCUUGGUCCUUCCUCUGGGGACGUGUCCGAUAAUCAGCGUCGAGUUGCUGUCCAACUUUGCGGAGAACGUGCGCCAAUGGAAGGCAGUCGACACCGAGAAAAAAGUUGUCAUUCUUGAGAGAGCUAUAACCGAUUACGGUGUCUUCGGAGUUAUGCCUUCUCUGACGGAAGCACAGAGACGCCAGCUCAUCGUGGAAUGCUGUCAGCCUCUCGAGGAUCGGCAGGAAAGUGUCGGAUAG